UUCGUAUCAUUCCGCUAGUAAAGGGCGAUUAACCCCGAUGUAGUGUAGUGUGUGGUGAAGAGAAUCCAACAAGAAAAAUAUUGCUGACAUGGCGUCCUAAAAGUGUUGUGUGGAAAUUUGUAGAUUUCUUUAAAUAUUUAGUAUAAAAUGUUUUAGGGCGUAAUUGAAAUCUAGUUCUACAUUAUCAAACACCACUACAUAAAUGUUAUAUGACUUAAAACAAUCAUCUUACAUCAGUAGUAAACCAGUAAAAAUGUCAUCCCAAAGAUUUUGUUUACGAUGGAACAAUCAUCAAUCGAAUUUACUAUCAGUAUUCGAUCAGCUACUUCACGCAGAGACCUUUACCGAUGUAACUUUAGCAGUAGAAGGGCAGCUAUUGAAAGCUCAUAAAAUGGUAUUAUCUGCUUGUAGUCCUUAUUUUCAAGCACUAUUUCUAAACCAUCCUGAAAAGCAUCCAAUUGUGAUAUUGAAAGAUGUGCCCUAUGCAGAUAUGAAAUGUUUGUUAGAUUUUAUGUACCGUGGUGAAGUAUCUGUAGAUCAAGAUAGAUUAACAGCAUUUCUGAGAGUUGCUGAGAGCUUAAGAAUUAAAGGUUUGACAGAGGUCAAUGAGGAAAAAUGUGAUAUUCCAGCCAUAACUAAUAGCCUACUCCAGCAGCAAACUAUGACCACUCCCCCGCAGUUGCAUAGGAUACACCCUUAUUUAGCACAAAGGCCAAAGCAACAUAAUGCAGCGCAUAAUAUUCUAAUGAAUCCAUUGUUGGGAAAUGCAUUGAUGCAACCGAAAAGAAAGCGAGGUCGACCAAGGAAAUUAUCUGGAAGUUCUAACGGAAUUCCCGGUGUCACUAAUAAUCAAGAUGAUUACGAUAGAUUAGGAGGUCUUGGAGAUAGAUUGAUACAGGGAUCACCAGAAAUGUUGGAAGUUAAAAUGGGUAUGGAUAAUUUCCAAACAAGUGGUGGAUCUGGUAACGAAGCUUCAAAUGAUGAAAACUCAAUGCGAAUGGAUGAUGAGGAAAUGACGGAUAAAGAAGUUAGUGAAAAUACAGAACCUAUGGCUGGCACAUCAAAGGAAAAUACCCCGAAAAAAGGAAAAGAAGAUAGCAAUGAUGUGGAAAAUGGUAUAAGACAUUUCAAAUUUGAAACUCCAUAUCAGCCAGAAAUGAGUGUACUCUCUGAUAAAUCAAACAAAUCAUAUUCAGCUAGCGGUGAAGAAUGUGAUGACAUAAUUGAAUAUAAAUUUACACCCUUAGAUGCAGACCUUAAUAAAAAGAAAGAAACAAUGACAGUGUUGAAAAUUCAGAAAUCAAACUCAAAAAUCAACAAUAGCAGCGAUAAUAAUCAAAACAAUUGUGAUGCUACUGAAGAGGUUGAAGAACAAACGCAACAAGAUAAUUUAUUUUAUAACUUUAAGUACAAUAAUAAUGUGACUGAAAAUAAUGAAGGCUCUGUAAGAGACUUUUGCCUUAAGGAAGGAGAUAAUGUAUUCCGAUGUAAGGUCUGCAGUCGAGUUUAUACACAUAUUAGCAACUUUUGCAGGCAUUAUGUUACCUCUCAUAAACGUAAUGUUAAAGUGUAUCCAUGUCCUAUUUGCAUGAAAGAAUUUACUAGAAAGGAUAAUAUGGUUGCUCACAUGAAAAUAAUACAUAAGCAUGUCGACGGAGUUGAAGCAAUUAAAAAAGAUUUAGUUUUACAUGGAACAUGUAUAGAGAGACCACAAAUAUCUUGAAUUUGAGAUGUUAGAUGAAAUAUUAUGAAGACCUAUACAUGGUUAAUGUG